GCCUAUUUUUUUAAUUUCCCUUUCACCAAAGCUAUUUUAUUUAUGAUCUACCCGUCUGUAUUCUCCACACCCAAAUCAAAUCUCCUCUUUUGUCUACUUAGCCGGCAUUUAACAAAAUUCCAGUAUUCUCUUGUUGUUUUCCCAGGUGAAAAGCAUUAAAGUCCCUGGACUUUUCAAAAAGACAUCUAUCUUUUCGCCUGUUUGCAUGUCCUUUGCACAGUUCAAGAUUUCAUUUAUCACUUCUUUUAUCUAUUCUACUUAUUCCCACCUUACCGUUUCGAAUCUUUCUUUUAGCCUUCUACUUUAAGCUCAGAUCUGGACUAUUCUGAGUCCAAGCUUUCUUGCUUCUACUUGAUUCGACCCCUUUCUUUAUUCUGCUUUAAUCCUUAGUUUAAAGAUGAGUUUUCGACAUGCAAUGGACGAGGACACUCUUACUGCUAUGUUAGUCCAAGCUUCGGAAUUUUCUAAAGAGGACUAUGAAUUCAGGGCUGGAGUAGAUGUUGAUCCCCAUACGAUUCCGCUGCCAUACCUCCGAACUAGCAACAUGCAACUCAUAGAUGGUCUGGAGGUGGAUGACAGAGCUAUGAUGCUAGACGGAUAACUGGCCAAUGUACACUGGAUUCCUUUAUUAUGACAAACUUUUUUAUCAUGAAAUUUCUUAGUAGAUCUGAGCUUAUCAUGGUCUUAGACAAUGGCCCGUAUGCAAUCAAUGGAGACUACUGAUUCUCAGACGCUAUUAUGAUGAUGAGGACCUAGCCUUAGACAGUAUCAGAAUCGACAAGUUUAGUCUUUGGGUUCGCAUGCAUGGAGUGCCUAUUACCGUGAUGAAUUACAGAAGGAUAGCAGAUCUGGCUAGAAGAGUUGGUAAUGUAGCUCUCCUCAAUGAAGAUUGUGUUUCUCUCCGGAAAGCAACCUAUGCCAGAACAAAGGUUUGGCUCAAACCAAGUAAUCCUCUCACCCCUUGUUUUAAUUUCACCAAAAGAAAUGGUAAGUUAGGAAAAAUUCGGUGCCAAUUUGAACAAAUGCACAAGCAUUGUAAGCGCUGAGGCAGAUUAGGACACCCAGCUCAACUGCUAUAUGCUAGAGCCUAAUGCAGUUGAACAAUUUCUUAAUAAUUUUUCUCGGAAAAGAAAGCUAAGUUUAAUUCUCCAAUGUUAAUCGAUGUCACUAAGCCACUUUACACUAGUUCACUUAGAGCUCAUGCGCACAAGCAGAAGAGAUGCACAAGAAUCCCAAAUUUUAAGGCUUUGCAGAUGUUAGAUUAUUAUGCCUCUGUCUCGGAGUAUGCUAUCCAGGAUAGAUUCACCAUUACGGAGAUGGAAGAGGAAGAACCAGUCCCCUGGUUCCCCAUGGCAUAGGAUGAUAAUGAUGAUGAUGGUGAUUGUGAUGAUGACAGUGACCAUGAUGGAGAUGAUGGGGAUGAUUCUGAUGGUUAUGAUCAAGCAGAUAUGAAUGCGGACAACUUCUACCAUGAUGACCUCUCAGGCCGCUUGAUCCAAUCCUUUCCUCAUAUUGAUCGCAAUGGAUUUAGGUCUACAGUCUAUUACGAUCCAAGUCAUACAACAGCUCCUGCAGCCAGUGAUGGAGGUUACACUGAUUUUUCCCGCUCUGAGGAAGGAGGCAGCAUCUUGGUACGCCAACAGAGGAAAUUCCCCUUCAAGAAAACGCGCAGGCAUUCCCCCCAACUUCAGUUCCCAAAUUCCUUCCAUCCUGUGAAUCCAACUGAUCUAUCCAGUGAUAAGGAGUGGAUGAUGCCAGUGAAAACUGCAGUAUCAGAUUCGGACCUUCCAACUUACUACCACGCUACUAACCAUCUACGUCGUUCCAGGAAAUCAAAGAAGCAUAGAAGGAACUCCACCAAACACACUCCUUCACCUCACUCAACAUGUUGCAGCUUGGCGCAUGGUGGUUGACACGGAUGUUUCCUAAGAUUCAGUCAUAUCUGUAACUAGCAGGAAGAGGGCUUCUGAGGAUUCUGAGGAGGAUCAGCUGAGGAAGUGCAAGAAGCCAAUGAUCCAGACCAUUGGCAAUCCAGGAACAAGCUUUAGGGAUGAUGACUCUCAGGUCAGAGAAGUGGUUGUAGUGUCUGAUCGUCUGAAGUGCUUUGCAGUAGUUGAGCCAUAUCAACCGCCUCUGUUUCCAUGAAUAUGCUUAGUUGGAAUUGUAGAGGUAUGAAUAAUGCCUCCUCUAAAACUGCAUUAUGUAAAUUACUUAGGAGCUAUAGGCCUGGUGUUUGUUUCUAAUGGAGACCAAGGCCAGUAAGGAUACUAUGUUAGUGUGGCAGCAAACUACUGCUUUUAAAAACUCUCUUAUAGUAGAUUCAGUCGGUCUUAGUGGAGGACUGAGUCUCUUUUGGGUAGAUGGUAUUAAACUAGAAGUGUUUUAUCAGUCUUCUAAUGUAAUAGUAUCUAGGAUUAAGGAAGCUAUGGCCUUGAAUAGUUGGCCAUUUUCUGUAUGUUCCUCCCUCUUAUCAAGAUAGGGCCG